AUGGAGAAAUUUCACAACCUUUUCCCACUUGGACUACUUGUGUUGCUAUGCUUUCUUUCAGCUUCCUUAGCCAUGUUCCCGACCAAUAUUACCACUGAUCAGUCAUCUCUUCUUGCCUUGAGAGCUCACAUUGCGGUUGACCCUCUACAAAUCUUGGCCAAAAACUGGUCAGUUGGCUCUUCGGUCUGCGAUUGGAUUGGAGUCUCUUGUGGCUCUCGUCAUCAUAGAGUGACUGCCCUGAAUAUUUCAAGCAUGGGCCUUACUGGCAUCAUCCCUCCACAACUAGGAAAUCUAUCAUUUCUUGUUUCUCUUGACAUGAGUGCGAACAACUUCCAUGGAGAACUACCACAUGAGUUUGUCGGAUUGCGCCGAUUGAAACUCCUUAAUUUGAGCGUCAACAAUCUCGAAGGAGAGUUCCCCCACUGGAUUGGUUCAUUUCCUCAACUUCGUCGCCUGUCUCUUAGAAAUAAUAGUUUCACUGGUCUUAUCCCAUCUUCCAUCUCUAACUUGUCAAAGCUAGAGAUCAUAAAUCUUAAUAACAACCAUCUACAAGGAAACAUUCCCACGGGGAUUUUCAAUAUCUCCUCGCUGCAAAUCAUUGUCCUUGCAAAUAAUAGCCUAUCCGGAGUUCUUCCAAGUGACAUGUGUUACCAUCUUCCUGGACUGAUUAGACUUUCCCUAUCAUUUAACAAGUUAUAUGGUCAAUUACCAUCAAGUAAUUUAGCUCAAUGUUCAGAACUUCGGGUGCUGUCUUUGUCUUUCAACGAAUUUGGAGGUUCCAUACCAAAAGAAAUUGGAGCGCUGAAGAAGCUUGAGGAGCUAUUCUUGGGUAGCAACUAUUUAGAAGCUAGGAAAAGACAAGGGAUAUAUGCAGUAGAUAAGAAUAUGGUCCUGAUGGACAAGUAUAAUACCAUGAGAGAUUGGUAA